UCUCACUCCCAUCAUUUCAUUCCGCAUUCACAAUGGCCACCACCGAGCCGGAGCACCGCCGCCACGACGCCGCCGACGAAGACAACGCGCCGCCGGAGGACGAGGACACCGGGGCUCCGGUCGCUCCGAUCGUCCAGCUCGAGGAGGUCGCCGUCACCACCGGCGAGGAGGACGAGGAUCCGAUUCUCGAUCUGAAAGCGAAGCUGUAUCGGUUCGACAAGGAGGGGAAUCAGUGGAAGGAGCGAGGCGGUGGGAAUGUGAAGCUGCUGAAGCAUAAGGUUAGCGGCAAGGUGAGACUCGUCAUGCGUCAAUCCAAAACCCUCAAGAUCUGCGCAAAUCAUCUCGUUCAUCGCAGUUUGACGGUACAGGAGCAUUCUGGGAAUGAGAAAUCGUGUGUGUGGCAUGCUUCUGAUUUUGCAGAUGGGGAAUUGAAGGAUGAGCUGUUCUGCAUUAGGUUUCCCUCUGUUGAGAACUGUAAGACCUUCAUGACAACUAUGCAAGAAGUUGCUGAAUCACAAGGAGAGGGGGAGGAAAACAAGGAUGCUUCAGAUACUGCUGGUCUCCUUGAGAAACUAAAUGUUGAUGAGAAUAAAUCAGAGGAGAAAGAGCUGGAAAAGGUCACGAACACCGAGAAACUAACUGUUGUAGAGGAUAAAUCAGAGGAGAAAGAGCUGGAAAAGGUCGCAAUCACUGAGAAACUAACUGUUGGUGAGGAUAAAUCAGCGGAGAAAGAGCUGGAAAAGGUCACGAACCCUGACAAGAAAGAUGAACAAGAUGUAUAAGAGAUGCAAAGCCCAAGGUACAAAAGAAGAAUCAGCUCCACCAGCAUAGAAGAAUUUAAUGGGGGUGGUGAAUGAUUUGUUCUCAAAUAGGUUGCUAACAUGUUUAUAAAGAUUGGUAACCUAGACUGGAACAUCGCUGGUGUAUCUGUUUCAGAGUCCUGUUUUUGUACUGGUGUGCCUCUGCAUGGAUGGUUUUGUGGUUGUGGUUUUUUUUUUCCCCUCAUGUUUCCUUCAAUUGAGAUUUUGUUUUGUUUUAUGUUUUUUUUUUUUUGGUUUUUAGGGCAAUUAUACAUUUAGGAAAUGUGCUCUAUGUUUGAAUGUGUCGGUUUUGUCGUGCUUUUUAAUAUUCUAUUUUAAAACGGUCGAUGCUCUGUUCA